AUCUCCCGUAGCCAUCCAUCUGACGCCCAGUCGUAGCUGUUUGGUUCAUCAUGGCAACCUACAAUCCAUUCGCCAAACGAGAGUCGCACGACAGGUUCUCGCUGGGAACCUAUCGUGUUCUCGUGCCUUUGUCGUGGGCGCUUGUCGUGAUCGUCGGCAUCUACUAUUCCAGCCAUGCCCCCGAUGUCAAGCACGGCCAUACUAUCUGGAAGCAGGCCAACAAGCAUAUCACACCCUUUAGCUUGAGCACUGUCAUUGGUGGUAUCUACUGGGUCAUUGUACUCAUAUCCCAAGUCGGCUAUGUGUAUCAUCUCUUCUCCAAUGACGCCGUGGUGGCUACCGCCGCUGCCAAUGUAGGAUCCCACUUCAUUCUGAACAACCUGUUCAUCUUUGCUUGGAUUCUCCUGUGGACCCGCAACCACUUCUGGGGCUCAGAGAUCAUUUUGAUCGCGCACUUCUUGAAUCAAAAGACGACCUACUGGCGCCAUCGCACGCUGCCAUCUAUCUCACACUUCGCCGCCGUCGCAGCGCCCUACGCCUGGACUCUGAUUGCGCUGUUCUGGAACGGAGCUGUCGCAGUGAACAGCAACAGCCUCCCGGCGAGGAUCGUGGCUAAUGUGUUCAUCUGGGUGCUUUUCUCAUUGGGCUCGACGCACAUCUUGGCCACCCAGGAUGACAUUCUGGGUUACAGUCUGAGUUUCUUGACGCUGGCAUUGGCCGUUAAGCAGGUUGGCGUCAAGAUUAUUUCCCUGCAAUGGAUUUUCGCCAUUGUCAUCUUUGUCGUCUUCUUCGCGGAGUCCCUCUACAUUACUUUGACGAAGUACUCCGGUCGCAAUGUCUUCUUCCGCAGGGCUGAGCAGCCGCUGGCGGCCGACCGUGAGCGGGAGCCUUUGCUCAACGAAUCGGCACAGCCUGCGCAGUCUGCCUAAUUAUGUGAUGUCGAGCUGAGCGUACGAUGGAUACUUGCUGGGAUUCAUGUGGUUUCUAGGCCACUUGAUUUCGCAGGGAAGUCAGACAAUUGUGUUCGGUUGGUUCUCGUCGUCUCCUCUCGGCGCUGUAUACUGCCAUGGGUAUUACCCGCUAUGGUUCUCGGGAUUGAUUGUCCGCAAGGCUGGAGUCAUGAUUGAGUUACGGCAUCGGUCAAUGGGCUUUAUAGUAAUCGGGUGCAAUUUCGGUGCAAUGUGUCUGUCUUCGCUGGAUUUAUUGUCAAUUCCUCUGGAAACGAUCUGUUGUUAUAUUAUUG